GGACACCGGGAUGUGGCCGCCUUCCUCCCCCGCGCGACGGAGACGAGAGCGAUGGCGGCGGGAGGUACCGGGAGGAGCGGGGAGGACGAGGGGGUUCCUCGCUCCGCGCGUGGGGCCGCCCCUCCACAUGAAGCCCCCCCCGAGAACUUUCCCCGUGGCUGCUCGCAAACUUUCUCCUCCGGGAAAGUUGCGGGGAGGGCGCGGAGGGGGGGCCUGACCUGUUGCGGGAGGGGCCAUGACGGCGUAGGCCAGUGGCGAGAGAUGAAUCGGUUCAGCGAGUGCGGGACGCAGACAGAUGCAGUGGUGGUGCUGUCCCUGGCACAGGCUGCAGUCCUGGGCCUGGUGUCCGAUAAUGAACUGCUUGGGGCCACCAUCACCCCCACCGGCUUCUUCCCGGGGCUGGCCGGGGAGCUGCCGGACAACACCGCAGCAGAGCCUGGGGAGCCCGAGGGCGAGGAGCAGGUGCCCGGGGAUGGGCAGGAUGAGGACACCCUGGAAGCAGAGUUCUCCCUGGAGAAGCACGCCCGGAGGAGGAAGCGGCCACCCGUGAGGCUGGUGCCCAAGGUCAAGAGUGAGAAGGCAGAGGUGGAGGCAGAAACGUCGUACGACACGUCUGUCCCUGGGGACGAGGAAGGCGAGAGGCAGCGAGGCCACCCACCCCAGCCCCCAGAGCCCAGCCAGGAGCCAGCAGUCCAUAGCGGUGCCAUGAAGAUGAUUGACCUGGGCACCUUCAGCAGGAAGCCCCGGCGCCUGCGGCACCUGCGGCGGCACCGGGAGCUGGAGGGCACCGAGCGGCGCCGCGGGGGCAGCGACCCAGACGGGGGCCCCGCGGGGGCCCUGCGGACCACAGGCACGUUCGAGGCGGGCGCCCCGUCCCCUGGUGAGGUGGAGGCCCCCGUGCCGGGGGACCCCGAGCAGGUGAAGAGCGAGCAGGGCUGUGGCUGGCAGGAGCCAGGGGAGCUGGAGGCAGAGGUGGCCGGUGGCACCAGCGAGCGCAGCAGGAAGGCGCAGCUGGACCGGCUGGACAUCAACGUGCAGAUCGACGACUCCUACCUGGUGGAGGCCGGGGACCGCCAGAAGCGCUGGCAGUGCCGCAUGUGCGAGAAGUCCUACACCUCCAAGUACAACCUGGUGACCCACAUCCUGGGCCACAAUGGCAUCAAGCCCCACUCCUGCCCACACUGCAACAAGCUGUUCAAGCAGCCCAGCCACCUGCAGACCCACCUGCUGACCCACCAGGGCACGCGGCCCCACAAGUGCGGGGUGUGCAGCAAAGCUUUCACCCAGACCAGCCACCUGAAGCGGCACAUGCUGCUGCACACUGACAUCAAGCCCUACAGCUGCCGCUUCUGUGGCCGUGGCUUUGCCUACCCCAGCGAGCUGAAGGCGCACGAGGUGAAGCACGAGAGUGGGCGCUGCCACGUGUGCGUGGAGUGCGGGCUGGACUUCUCCACGCUCACCCAGCUGAAGCGGCACCUGGCCACACACCAGGGCCCCACGCUCUACCAGUGCCUGGAGUGCAGCAAAUCCUUCCACUACCGCAGCCAGCUGCAGAACCACAUGCUGAAGCACCAGAACGUCCGGCCCUUUGUCUGCACAGAGUGUGGGAUGGAGUUCAGCCAGAUCCACCACCUCAAGCAGCACUCGCUCACGCACAAGGGUGUGAAGGAGUUCAAGUGCGAGGUGUGCGGGCGGGAGUUCACGCUCCAGGCCAACAUGAAGCGGCACAUGCUGAUCCACACCAGUGUCCGCCCCUACCAGUGCCACAUCUGCUUCAAGACCUUUGUGCAGAAGCAGACGCUCAAGACCCACAUGAUCGUGCACUCGCCUGUGAAGCCGUUCAAGUGCAAGGUCUGUGGGAAGUCCUUCAACCGCAUGUACAACCUGCUGGGGCACAUGCACCUGCACGCUGGCAGCAAGCCCUUCAAGUGUCCCUACUGCUCCAGCAAGUUCAACCUGAAGGGCAACCUCAGCCGGCACAUGAAGGUCAAGCAUGGGGUGAUGGACAUCAGCCUGGACAGCCAAGAUGCCAUGAUGGAGCUGGCCGGGCCCGACCACGCUGAGCUGGAUGGGCAGCAGGAGAUGGACGACUUUGAGGAGGAGAACUCUUACAGCUACGGGGCAGUGGGCAACCCCCCGGACGAGCACGCGCUGGCCGAGCAGGCCAUGAAGGAGAUGGCGUACUACAACAUGUUGUAGCCGGGGCUGGCAGGGCUGUGGGGGCUUGGCAGGGUGAGAGGGGCUGCGGCAUCCAGCCAGACCCCCUAGAACUGGAGGUGGUGCUCCUGCUGGGGUUGGAGAACACAGGGAUGUCCAGAAGCCUUUGCCGGACCUGCCGUGGCUCUGCUGCUGCCCCCCUGCCCGCGCCCCGCGCCCGGUGACUUGAAACUGCGGGCAGGGGAGGCACAACCCAGAAAAUCACUGAAUGGGUAAGGGUGGAAGGGGCCACAGUGGGGCAAGAUGAUGAGCAUCACUAACUAUUCUACCUCCUGGGUCCCCCCUCGGGUGCGCUGGAGCUCCCCCCGGGCUCCCCAGGGGGCAGAAGCCCCUGUCUGCGGGAGGAGGUGGGUGUGCCCUCCUGCUCGCCCUGGGGCUCCCUGUGCCAGGCUCUGGGGCACAGAACAGAGUAUUUUCAUAGAAGCUCAGGGCGCAGUCAGUGCCCACAGCUCGGGGUCCAAAGCUGCAGCCAGCGGCAUAUCCAGGGGAGGCAAACCCAGCCCAGCCCCAGCAAAUGAUGGUAUUUUGAAAGUAAUUUAUUUUUUUCAGAUGUGCCGCGUGGUUGGAUUUAUCUUUUCACCGAGUUCAGUUCCCUUCAACCAAUGUGCUUUGUAAACCCG